UGGACGUCCUUAAUGCAGAGAACCAUCCCGAUAGACGGGCUCUCGUUUUUGGAACACAGCGGCCACUUUUGUCGACUUUUCAGUCGCAGUUUUAAAUAUUCCGUAACGUGGCAAUUUCCCCGAGGGGGGAUACCUUCCAAGACUUACGGCCCACGAUGGCGUGGGUGAACGAUAUGGAAACUUUCCGCGGUCAGACGGCGCUCAUCAUGGAGGUAGCGGUGGAAUCGGCCGUGUGUGUCCUCCAGCAGAGCCUGGGAGGGAGACCGCAGGCUGCCGGGGGCGAAGAUCUGAAGCCUCAGCUGACAGCCAUCUUGAACAUGAUGGCGAGGGAAGCGGUGCGUAAAAUCUGCAGCAUCUUCAGCGAGCUGUGCGGGAGCUUGGCGAAGGAGAAUGACACCUUGAAGGGCAAAGUGGAACAACUGGAGGCUGAGCGCAGCUCAAAGGACAAACAAACAUCUGGAGCUAAGAAAACAAAGAAUGGAGCCGCCGUCUCAGUAGACUUGAAACGACCCGCUGCAGACCCCAUGACGCUCGCCAUGGCCAUCCUCAAAAAAGCCAAAGAAUCUUGCAGCAAAGCGAGCAGCAGUCUUCCGUUGCCUGUGGUCAUCAUCAAGUCGCCCGUUCACGGGGCAUUCAGAGUCCAGCCUGGUCCCGUCUCCUCCAUGCAAACGCAGCAUCAGUCCGCAAACAACCCUCAAUCCAACCUGCUUUCAGAAGUCAUCCAGUCCUGCAGCGUGACAUCACUUCCUGAUGAUCAGCGGGCGUGUGAGGCAGCCAAAGAAGAAAAAUCCUUUGAAGUAGAGGCAGAGAAGGGAGUAGAACCAGUCCAAGUGAAAAUUGAAGAGCGGAUGGUGGCUCACACUUAUCAAGCUGCUGCCGGUGAAGAGGACCAGAAGGAGCAUGAGAGAAAGAGAAGGAGGGAGCUGUAUAAGCAGAAGAGGUUCUUCUGUGAGCGCUGCAACAAAGGCUUCCACCAGAAGCACCAGCUGAGGAAACACGUGUCUCGUCACGUCAAGCCCUUCCCCUGCACGCUGUGCGACAAAGGCUUCUACGAGGCCAAAACCCUGCAGAAGCACCUGCUGGGCCACCAGCUGAAGGACGCCCAGGAGCGCGACCCCGACAAGAUGAUCGCCUGCGAUCAGUGCAACAGAAAGUUUAGGCUGGCACGGCAGCUGCGGGUCCACCAGGCCACCCACCGCCUGGAGAAGACGCCCUUGCGGUGCGGCACCUGCGAGCGCACCUUCACCUCCUUGGCCGUACUGCGCUACCACGAGGUGUCUCACACCGAGAUCAAGCCCUACAUUUGCGACGUCUGCGGGAAAGGCUUCCUCAGGAAGAAGAACCUCCGUGAGCACCAGACCGUCCACACGGGGGCGCGGCCCUACCCCUGUCCGACCUGCGGCAAGAGGUUCUCCACCUCCGGCAACCUCCGAGUCCACAAAAGGUCGCACUCGGAGGACCGGCCCUUCAAGUGCACCGAGUGCGACAAGGCCUUCAAGAGUCGCAUGGGCCUGCUGCAGCACCGCGUGGUCCACUCGGGGGAAAAACCCUUCAUGUGUCAGACAUGCGGGAUGAGAUUCGGCCUCAAGUACAACUUCCAGAGGCACCUGCGCCUCCACAACGGAGAAAAACCCUGCAGGUGCGAGAAAUGUGGCGAAGGCUUCUCGGGGACGUGGGCCCUGAAGACCCACAUGCUGGUCCACGGCAUGGAGAAGCCCUUCAUGUGCGACUUCUGCGGGAAGACCUUCUUCUACAACUGUCAGCUGCAGAAGCACCAGCUGCUGGUCCACAAGAACAAGGACGGCGUGAAGGUCGGGGGCGUGGCCAGGCGGCGGCGGCCGUCGGGCAUGAAAGCGUUCAGCUGCAAGACGUGCAUGAAGAGCUUCAGCAGCAGCAGCACCCUGCGCACGCACGAGAAGAGCCACGCCGACAACAAGGAGUUUGUGUGCGAGACGUGCGGCAAGUCCUUCCACUUGCGCCACCUCUACGUCUACCACAUGAGGCAGCACAGCGGCGACCGGCCGCACGUCUGCGACGUCUGCCAGAAAGGCUUCAUGCUGGCGUCGCAGCUGAGGCAGCACGAGCGCCUGCACACGGGCGCCAAGCCGCACAAGUGCCAGGAGUGCGGCAAGGCCUUCAGGACGUCGCAGAACUACCACCGCCACCUGCUGGUGCACACGGGGGAGAAGCCCUACGAGUGCGUCAUGUGCAGCAGGAAGUUCAGACAGUCCAACCAGCUCAAGUCGCACAUGCAGAUCCACACCGGCGUCAAGCUCUACCCGUGCCAGAGCUGUGGGCGGGGCUUCUCGGACUCCAGGCAGCUCAAAAAGCACAACUGUGGCGACUUGCAGCCAAACUCGCUCGAGUCCGGAAGCAAGCGUAAGAAACAAAGGACUGUUUUUCCGUGGAGCGAGGGCUUUGUGAAUGAGUGAUCUGUCAUCCUAAAAUUUCUGUGGGGGGGAUGACGUCACAGAUCCCUUCAGCCAAUCACGGUCUUGUACAAGAAGAUGAUCAUGUGGCAAGAAAUGAACCACACAAUCUACAAACCCCGUUUCCAUAUGAGUUGGGAAAUUGUGUUGGAUGUAAAUAUAAAUGGAAUACAAUGAUUUGCAAAUCCUUUUCAACCCAUAUUCAAAUGAAUUGCCUACAAAGACAAGAUAUUUGAUGUUUAAACUCAUAAACUUUAUUUUUUUUUUGCAAAUAAUAAUUAACUUAGAAUUUUAUGGCUGCUACAUGUGCCAAAGUAGUUUGGAAAGGGCAUGUUCACCACUGUGUUACAUGGCCUUUCCUUUUAACAACACUCAGUAAACGUUUGGGAACUGAGGAGACACAUUUUUGAAGCUUCUCAGGUGGAAUUCUUUCCCAUUCUUGCUUGAUGUACAGCUUAAGUUGUUCAACAGUCCGGGGGUCUCCGUUGUGGUAUUUUAGGCUUCAUAAUGCGCCACACAUUUUCAAUGGGAGACAGGUCUGGACUACAGGCAGGCCAGUCUAGUACCCGCACUCUUUUACUAUGAAGCCACGUUGAUGUAACACGUGGCUUGGCAUUGUCUUGCUGAAAUAAGCAGGGGCGUCCAUGGUAACGUUGCUUAGAUGGCAACAUAUGUUGCUCCAAAACCUGUAUGUACCUUUCAGCAUUAAUGGCGCCUUCACAGAUGUGUAAGUUACCCAUGUCUUGGGCACUAAUACACCCCCAUACCAUCACAGAUGCUGGCUUUUCAACUUUGCACCUAUAACAAUCCGGAUGGUUCUUUUCCUCUUUGGGCCGGAGGACACAACGUCCCCAGUUUCCAAAAACAAUUUGAAAUGUGGACUCGUCAGACCACAGAACCUUUUUCCACUUUGUAUCAGUCCAUCUUAGAUGAGCUCAGGCCCAGCGAAGCCGACAGCGUUUCUGGGUGUUGUUGAUAAACGGUUUUCGCCUUGCAUAGGAGAGUUUUAACUUGCACUUACAGAUGUAGCGACCAACUGUAGUUACUGACAGUGGGUUUCUGAAGUGUUCCUGAGCCCAUGUGGUGAUAUCCUUUACAUACUGAUGUCGCUUGUUGAUGCAGUACAGCCUGAGGGAUCGAAGGUCACGGGCUUAACUGCUUACGUGCAGUGAUUUCUCCAGAUUCUCUGAACCCUUUGAUGAUAUUACGGAGCGUAGAUGGUGAAAUCCCUAAAUUCCUUGCAAUAGCUGGUUGAGAGGUUUUUCUUAAAAUAUUCAACAAUUUGCUCACGCAUUUGUUGACAAAGUGGUGACCCUCGCCCCAUCCUUGUUUGUGAAUGACUGAGCAUUUCAUGGAAUCUACUUUUAUACCCAAUCAUGGCACCCACCUGUUCCCAAUUUUCCUGUUCACCUGUGGGAUGUUCCAAAUAAGUGUUUGAUGAGCAUUCCUCAACUUUAUCAGUAUUUAUUGCCACCUUUCCCAACUUCUUUGUCACGUGUUGCUGGCAUCAAAUUCUAAAGUUAAUGAUUAUUUGCAAAAAAAAAAAGUUUAUCAGUUUGAACAUCAAAUAUGUUGUCUUUGUAGCAUAUUCAACUGAAUAUGGGUUGAAAAUGAUUUGCAAAUCAUUGUAUUCCGUUUAUAUUUACAUCUAACACAAUUUCCCAACUCAUAUGGAAACGGGGUGUGUAUAAGGGAUAAUCAAAGCUGUGGUUUCAGUCAAAGAGAAACAAAUACAAAGAACAAUAAAGAUAUUUUGCUAUAUGUAUAGAAAUGGUCAUUUUUACUCAACUGAGUCGUGUAAAUACUAUUUUCCUUAUAAUAUAAUUUAAUGUAAUAAUUUUCCAUUUUAAACUUGUCUGAAGCCAAAUCAAAGAUGAACUGUAACGACAGGGAUGUAAACAUGUUUCACAUGCAUACACGUUA